ACCAUCACUUCUUCCAACUCGUUUCUUGGCUUUGUUCUCUCUCUCAAGCAGAGAAGAAUCCAUCCCCACUCUCAAAAACAAACAAAACAAAACUUUCUUUCUAGUUCUCUUGAUCCCAUUUCAUCUGCCGUCUUUCCAAACAACUCCAAGAACUCAGAUUUCCAUUUUCAUUCUUUCGAGCGCCAUGGAUACUCAUGGCUAUGGCGUCUCUUUCUUAUUAUUAUUUAUUCUUUCUUUGUUUACUAACUCUUUCGCCGCAUUGCCGAAAAACCCAUCUCAGAAAAACUCUACUUCCUCUUCUUCCACUUCCGGUUCCGGCCAGAUUAACUCUAACUCGGUGCUGGUUGCGCUUCUCGACUCGCAUUAUACUGAGUUGGCGGAGUUAGUCGAGAAGGCCCUUUUGUUACAGACCUUAGAAGAGGCCGUGGGAAAGCACAAUAUCACAAUUUUCGCCCCGAGAAACGAAGCUCUAGAGCGCCAGCUCGACCCGGAGUUCAAGCGGUUCUUGCUCGAACCCGGGAACGUAAGGUCUCUUCAGACACUCUUAAUGUUCCACAUUAUCCCCAAACGUAUCGGCUCCAACGAGUGGCCCGGGUCCGAUUCCGUUCCAGUUCGACACCAAACGCUUUGGAACGAGCGCGUGCAUUUAACAAGUAAAAACACCGGCGAGAAGGCUAUCGACUCGGCCGAGAUAGUCCGAACCGACGACGUAGUUCGUCCCGACGGUGUCAUCCACGGUAUCGAAAGGCUUCUAAUCCCACGUUCAGUUCAAGAAGAUUUCAACCGGAGAAGGAGUCUCCGAUCAAUCUCCGCGGUCUUGCCGGAAGGUGCGCCUGUGGUUGACCCCAGAACCCACCGGCUGAAAAAGCCAGCUGCCCCUAUUCCCGCCGGGGCUCCACCAGUUCUUCCUAUCUACGACGCUUUGGCUCCAGGUCCUUCUCUAGCCCCGGCACCGGCUCCGGGACCCGGUGGGCCACGCGGCCACUUUGACGGAAUGGCCCAAGUUAAGGACUUCAUCCAAACCCUCGUGCAUUACGGUGGGUACAACGAAAUGGCUGAUAUUUUGGUCAAUCUAACCUCCCUGGCCACCGAGAUGGGUCGGCUUGUAUCGGAAGGUUAUGUAAUUACAGUUUUGGCCCCGAACGACGAGGCCAUGGCGAAGCUGACGACGGAUCAGCUUAGCGAGCCUGGGGCGCCGGAGCAGAUUGUGUACUACCACAUCAUACCAGAGUACCAAACCGAAGAGAGUAUGUACAAUGCGGUGAGACGAUUUGGGAAGGUCCGAUACGACACCUUGAGGCUGCCCCAUAAGGUCAUGGCUCAAGAAGCUGAUGGUUCGGUGAAAUUCGGCCAUAGCGACAGCCAGGCCUAUCUUUUCGACCCAGAUAUCUAUACCGACGGCCGGAUUUCGGUUCAGGGCAUUGACGGGGUUCUUUUCCCGCCCAAUGAGGACCCCAAUUCGGAGAAGAAAACAACUCCUCUUGUUAAGGUUGCCACCAAGCCCGCCAGAAGAGGAAAGUUGAUGGAAGUGGCCUGCAAUGUGCUUGGAGUUUUUGGUGUAUCUUCAUGUCAAUAAAGGAAAGCUCUCUUCAUUUUAAAUACUCAAAACAGAGGGAAAACAAAAACAUGUCUUUGUAAAAACAUUCAUAAAUGGUAAAAGAAAAAAAAUUGCCCUUUUCGUAUGUGUAAUUUUGAUUCAAAUACUUGAUCUUCCUUUUAGCUGUGAACAAGAGCUUUGCUGUAUAUAUAUAUGUAUAUAUAUAUGCAGUGUAGAGUGGCCCUGCCUACUACUACCACUACCACCAUGGAAGAAGAUUAUAUAACGUGAGAGAGCUUUUGCUUUGAAGAACUUUUUCUUCACUUAUAGUCCUUGCAACAGAGAGAAAAAAAAGUGUUACUGUUGUUUUUGUCAUAAGAAAAUACUGUAAUUACUUACAUAUCAUUUUUUUUAAUAAUUAUUUUAUGUUUGUCUUCUCCAUUGUAUAUCAUAAACAACUUCUCUUAAAUAUCAUAUUAUAAAUUCAUCCUUUGUCCUCCA